AUGUCUCGCGACUCAUUGAAUGGUAAGACAAAUGGCGGCAAAAACUGGAUCGAAAUGAACGAAGAAAACAAACGAUUGAAAAAAUUGAUCGUUAAAUACGAGACCGAAAGCAAAGCCAUCAUUAGUAAGGCGUCCACUCUUAGGGAGAGGGAGAAGACAGCACUUCUGCAGACAUUAGAGUUGUUUAAACUCAACAAUUAUCUCAUCAGUCGAUUACCUGAUUCCCAACGAGUGCUCGACGACUAUCUCAAGACGUCGACCAGUAAAGUGAACGGCGGACCGAAGCCGAGCACUUCCAACGCCAGCGCACGUAAGGAGAAGCGAAAGGACUCAAACGCUUCGCCCACCUCUUCGUCCAAUAAGAUCUCGAAUUACUUUAAAUCUAUGGAUAAAACGAGUGGCGCUAACGACGCCAGCGAUGACUCCCGAAGACGUUCGCCACGAAAAGUGGAGCCGAAACCGAACAAA